AUGGCCGACCGCAUGAUAAUCGGGACGAAUGCCUCGCCCACAAAUCCCACGCCCCUGUCUGCCCCGCAAGAACAACAGGUAAAAGACCUGUACUACAAGAACGUACGCGCGAAAUGCGCAAAGGAGAUUGAAGGUUCGUUGUCCACUCCCACCUCCCACCCUAGACUCCAACGACUAACCCAUUCCCCCGGCACAGCAUUCGCACAGUGCGCCCUCGGCCGCACCCUAACCAUGAUCUACGCCUGCCGCGCCCCCCGCCUCGCCAUGAACAGCUGCAUGCUGCAAUACCAGAACCAAGCCGAAAUGGACGCCGCGCGGCAAGAAUGGUUUGCGCUGGCGGGGGAGCGCAAGGCAGAGCGCGAGGAACAUAAGAGGAGGGUGGAGGAGGCACGGCACAAGCACAAGGAAUGGUGGAAUUUGGAUGAGGAGGGUAGGCUAGUGGGCCGGAAGGCUGAGGUGGGUGCUGCUACUGGUGAGGGGGAGGCUGGGGGAGAAGGGAUUCGCAGGAAAGAGGAGAAUAGGAGGGAUGAGAGGGGGGUGGUUAGGGGGGGUGUUUACAGGGGGACGGGCGCCGCGGCAAAGAAAAAAAGCACAAUACCGCGCAAGAUGAAGGAGCAGAAAGAGGGAAAAAGAGAAAACGAGGAGAAAACGACGUGGCUGAGCUCAGGUCCAUUAGAUGGUUUCUCGCCGAAAGGCCUGCUCCGGCCAUGUCUGUAUCCCAUCGAUCCUUGGUGCUCUGCACUGUCUCUCUCUCACCCUCUCUCUCACGCAUAUGAUCUUUCCAAGAUCCCCAACACGCCUAUCCCUUCGCCACGACAUCCCGAACCCCCCCCUUACGCACCCCCACCCCCAUCGGGCCCUGCAACCCCCAUGGCCUCCUCAAACUCGUCUUCAUCAAUCUCUUCCUCCUCCAUACCUCCCAUCUGCGUAUCCUCCUGCGUCCCAGCACCAGCCCUCCCAUUAACCCCCUCCCCUCCAACAGGCCCCCCAAAUCCCACCGCAUCUCCAGUUCCCGUAUCCAUCUCCUCGCCCGCCUGA